CACUGCCAGGAUGGGAAUACAUAGAGGGGAGCAGAACAAAUCACACUGCGACGUCAGGUGAAUGUUUUAUUAUUGAAGAAGAUAAUUGAAGUGUUAAAAUUAUAAUAUUUGAAUACUGGACAAUUUAAAUCUACAAUGAUUCUAAUCACAUGGGUCCUAGUGGCUGUAACUGCAUUAUGGCUCUAUUUCCGCCGCCGGUACUCCAGGUUCACCUCCCGGGGAGUGAAACACCUCCCAGUGGUGCCACUGCUGGGUCACAUGCUGCCCAUCAUGAUGAAGAAGCAUCACGUGGCUUACCACAUUGAUAUGAUGUACCACAAGUUUGCUAAUGAAAGGUUCAUCGGCAGAUACGAAUUUGUAAGCCCCACUAUCGUCAUUAAAGAUCUGAAGCUCAUAAAGAAGAUAACAAUAAAGGAUUUUGAGCACUUUAUUGAUCACAAAGAUUUCACUGAUGCGACCCUUGAUCCACUUUUUGGUAGAAAUCUAUUCUCUUUAACAGGUCACGAAUGGAAACAAAUGCGUUCAUUCCUUAGCCCAGCUUUCACCUCCUCUAAAAUCCGACACAUGAUGCCUAUGAUCGAAAAAGUGGCCAAGCAAAUGACAGAGGCCUUGAAAAGUGACCUCAAGGAAUCUGAGUCUUCCUACAUUGAAGUGGACUGUAAGGACUUGACCACACGUUCUACUAACGAUGUGAUCGCGUCUUGCGCAUUUGGUUUGAAGACAGACUCUUACAAGGAACCGAAUAAUCCCUUCUAUAUUGUGGCGAAGAAUAUAACUUCCUUCGAAUUGCGUCACUUCAUUUUGUUCUUCACUUACGCGUCAUUUCCUGCUCUUUUCAGGCUAUUAAAGCUUACCUUACUGACAAAAGAAACUGUGCAAUUUUACAAAGAUCUCGUUUUAAAUACAAUGAAGGACAGAGAAGUGCGAAACAUUUUGAGACCUGACAUGAUUCAUCUACUGAUGGAAGCAAAAAAAGGUACACUGAAAAAUGAUGAUAAAAAUGUGAUCAAGGAUUUUGGAUUUGCUACCGUAGACGAGUCUACGCUAGCUAAUAAAACUGAAUUCAGAGCGUGGUCCGACGUAGACUUAGUGGCCCAAGCGGUAAUAUUCCUGGUGGCUGGUUUUGAAACGGUGUCGUCAGCUUUGACCUCCGCUUUAUACGAGUUAGCAAACAACAAAGAUGUACAAGACAAGCUUGCUGAAGAAAUAAAGGAGUUUGAUGCUAAAAAUAAUGGCAAAAUGGAUUUCGAAACUGUAUCAAGUAUGAAUUAUAUGGAUAUGGUGGUAUCUGAAGUUCUUCGCGUUUGGCCACCGCUUACCAUUUUGGAUAGGAUAUGCGUAAAGCCAUAUAACCUAGGCAAGCCUAAUAAAGACGCCUCCGAUGAUUUUACUGUCAAUAAAGGAGAGGUCGUGGUUAUCCCAGUGUGGUCUUUACACCAUGACCCCAAUUACUUCAGGGAUCCAGAGAAAUUCGAUCCGGAAAGAUUUUCCGAGGAAAACAGACGUGAGAUCGACCCCUUCAUUUAUAUGCCAUUUGGGAUUGGUCCUAGAAACUGUAUCGCAUCAAGAUUUGCGCUGUGCGAAUUGAAAGUGUUACUCUAUCUUAUAAUCAAGGAGUUUGAAAUCUGUCCAUCGCCACGAACAGUUUACCCUGAGAGGUUGUCCGCCGGAUCCUUUCACAAUCGCUUUGACAGUGGACAUUGGGUGCGUUUUAAUAUUAGGAGUUGAAUGUGUGUACCCACUACACCAUUAUAAUACGUUGUUAGGGACCCAGGAACAAAGUAUUUAUUCAUGACACCAUGCUCAAACUAUGUGUUGUAUGUGAUAUUGACGAGUACUUCAUGAGUUUAUUUUCAAAAUCGGUUCAGUACCUAUAUCCAGAGAUUACCCCGUUCAAUAACAUGAACUUUAUCUUUAUCACAUUACAUUAGUACCGUACCGUAUAUAGAUUACAAUUCCACUUUCUAUACCCAUACCUAUAUAUUUAUAUUCUCAAUCUAUGUUUAAUAUGUAGAUAAUUCACUAGGCAAUAAUGUAAUAUUACAAUAAAUAACUUUAAAUAGUUAAAAAACUAAUAAACACGUUCUUGGCACACACUACAAAUUACAAAUAUUGGAUUCAAGUCACGUGACUUUUUUUUUUUAUUUCAAUUCCUGACAGCAAACCUUUUCACUUGAUAUCCAUAUCAUAGGGGUGGAUUUCGAACAGCCAGUCCGCCAUCUUGGGGAAGCCGCCAUAUUAUUUUCUUAGCUAGUGAUGUAUUGUCAUCAAAACUCAGAGCGUGUGCAAAAUUUCAUCCUACACGAAUUGACCGGAAAGUGGGUCAAAUUAAGAUUCCAAUAUUCGUCUUUCCUACAUAGUUAAAGUGAUUGGGAAAGCCGCCAUUUGGAUUUGUAAUGACGUUUCUUUGCUAAUCAUGUAUUAUCGCCAGAACUAAGAGCGUGUGCAAAAUUUCAUCCUAAUCGAAGAC